GAAUAUGGUAUUCUGGGGUGAAUAGCUAAAAAGAUAAAAUGGGAGUGAAGAGUUAUUUUCCCUAAAAUUAUAAAAACAUAAAAAUCUUGAUAAACCCCAAUGCAAAAUUCUCACCUCAAAGUCUCAAACACCCCAAAAUUCGCACUCUCGCCUAGGUUUUCUCCUAUAUCCUCGCUCAACUAUCUAAUCUAAUUUAUUUAUUCACAACAUACAAUAGCAAUUGAUCAGCUGAACGGCUGAAUUCUUGAAAAUCCUGCAAAAAUGGCGUCUUCAUCAGCGAAUUUGUGGGUUUUAUUAGGGCUUGGGAUUGCGGGGAUAUUGAUUAUGACGAAGAAGCUGAAGCGGGCGGUGAGGGCUGAUUUCGGAGCGUUUAUAGAGCGGUUGCAGCUGUUGCCGCCGCCGCAGCCCGCCCCUCCCAAAGCUCCUCACCCUCUCACUGGCCUAUCUUUUGCGGUUUCUGAUGUAUUUAACAUUGAAGGAUUUGUUACUGGGUUUGGCAACCCAGACUGGUCCAGCGCUCAUGAACCUGCAACUCGGACAUGUCCUGUGGUUGCAGCCCUUGUUGAUGGAGGUGCUACAUGUGUUGGGAAAACUGUCGUGGAUGACAUGGCGUUAGGUGUAAGUGGGGAAAACAAGCAUUAUGAUACACCAACAAAUCCUGCUGCACCUGCACGAGUACCAGGUGGAGCUUCGAGUGGUGCUGCUGUCGCUGUUGCUGCUAAACUUGUUGAGUUUUCAUUGGGCAUAGAUACUGAUGGUGGUGUGCGGUUACCUGCUGGAAACUGUGCUGUACUUGGCUUUCGACCAUCUCAUGGGACUGUCUCCCUUUCUGGGGUUAUUACUGUUUCAGAAAGUCUUGACACAGUAGGAUGGUUUGCAAAGGAUCCUAGCGUACUUCGUCGUGUUGGUCAUGUGCUGCUGCAGGUCCCAUAUGCUGCACAACGCAAUCCAAGGACUUUUGUCAUUGCUGAUGACUGUUUUCAGUUAACAAAGGUUCCUGCAGACCGGACUCAGGUGGUGAUAAAAUCCAUCGAGAAACUUUAUGGAAGACAAGUUCUGAGGCAUGAAAAGCUAAGUGAUUAUAUAAAAUCGAAGGUUCCAAGCUUAAAAACAUUCAGUGUCAUUCAAGCAAAUGGCGAUGGGAAAUCUUCUCCAUUAAGAAUGCUAGCAAAUGCCAUGCAGAUAAUUAAGAGUUAUGAGUUCAGGCAAAAUCACCACGAAUGGAUCAACUCGGUAAAGCCUACACUAGAUCCUGUUAUCUCAGCACAAUUACGAGAAACAUUGGAUUUAACUGAUGCAGACAUUGAAAAAUGUCGCACAAUCAGGAGUGAAUUGCGUUCUGCUAUAAACGCCCUUUUAAAGGAUGACGGAAUAUUAGUUAUUCCUACUGCCCCUGGUCCUCCUCCAAAACUUGAAGCCAAGGAGAACUUUUCUAAGGAAUAUUUGAUUCAGGCGACUACCCUGUCAAGUUUAGCUAGUAUGUCAGGCUGUUGUCAGGUUGCAGUACCACUGGGAGUCCACGAAAAGUGUCCGUUUUCUUUGUCACUUCUUGCCAGACAUGGGGGUGAUAGGUUUCUGCUAGAUACACUGCAGUCUAUGUAUACAUCUUUACAGGAACAGCUUGAUACAGCUUCAAAGCCUAAAGUAUCUUCUAAAGCUAUGACAAAUGAAGAGUCUGCUGAUGUCGCCAAAGAAAAGGGCAACCAAGCAUUUAAAGAUAAACAAUGGCAGAGGGCUAUUGGAUUUUAUACAGAAGCCAUCAAGCUCAAUAGUACUAAUGCAACUUAUUUUAGUAACAGAGCCGCAGCUUACUUGGAGAUUGGAAGUUACAUCCAAGCUGAAGCAGAUUGUAGCCAAGCGAUUGAUCUCGAUAAGAAGAAUGUGAAGUCCUAUUUGAGGAGAGGAACAGCGCGGGAAAUGUUGGGCUACUAUAAAGAAGCAAUGGAAGAUUUUGGAUACGCCCUCGUUCUUGAGCCAAACAACAAAAGAGCGUCUCAAUCUCUGGACAGGCUGAGGAAGUUAUUUCAGUAGUAGAUGAAGCAUCCGGAUAUACCUCAAUUCCCCAUAGAUGUUUUGUGAAAACGGCACGCAUCACUCAGUAGUUCGUUUCAUCUAAGCAACUUCCAGUUACCAAUUUACUACGAAAAACCAAAGUCUUUGAUGGUAGCCGCCUUUUUGUCGUGCAAGCGAGAGGAGAGGACCGGAUGAGAGAUACUCGGACACAGUCCACACUCUUUAGCUGUAGUAUACGCCAUUUAUUUGUUUAUUGAUCUGAGAUAUAUGGGCUGUGUUCAGGCUAUAAUCCAAACCAUGUUAUAUUAUUUUUCUGUUGGUUGAAAUUUUGCUGUGCCAGCCAACAAUAAAAGCUUGGAUUCUUUUAUAGCA